AAACAAGAUGCAAGACAGGAGGUACCGAAUAGGAGCAAUUGUUGGUUUUUUCAUUUUAGUUGGUUUUGCACUCGUCUACAUGCACAAAGGAUCAUCAAUGCAAACCGAUGUACUAAAACUACAUCAGGAACAAGAUACACAUGACCAGGAUAAAUCAUCACAGAUCCGAAAAACCCAAACCCAUGUGAAUUACGGAGAUGAAAAAUUCACCAAUCUUUUUCACUCUCUUCAGCAUAGCAAUACAAGAAAGGGUAUAUCCACCAAUUGUAUAACAGGUGCAACAAUGAGGACAUUUAAUCCAGAUUUCAAGACUGUUUUACAUAAAGACACACAUGAUGCUAUCGCUCCAGAAAUGGAUGUGAAAAGAAAAGAUGCAUUCGUACACAUAUUCAAGAAACACAAGUGGGGAAGAGGGGACGGCACAAGUGACUUACAGGUGUCAGGGGGAGGAUCAUACCUCAAGUUUGCUCAAGAAGCAAUGGCGGUUCUACAUUCUGUUGUGGAUGAAUACAAGAUAUUGAAAGGAGUGAAAAGAGUUCGCCUUUUGGAUAUACCCUGUGGAGAUAUGCAAUGGAUGUCCCGUUUCCUAGCAACAAGGGGCGACAUAGACUAUUAUGGGAUGGAUAUAGUACCUAAACUGAUAGAAUUACAUAAGGAAAAAUUUAAAGACGAACCUUGGACAUUCAAGCAGCAUGAUAUUGCAAAAACAGCCCUUGUCGAAUCUUAUGAUAUCAUUCAUUGUCGUAUGAUGCUACAACAUUUGCCUGUGUCUGAGACACUAAAGGUCCUUGAAAACUUCUCCCGAAGUAAAUCAGGUUAUCUUGUUACGACUACAUUUCCGACAACAUCUUCACACAAAAAAAUCCAUGUUGGAUCUUUUCAACCCCUUAACCUUGAAAUUCCCCCCAUAUCACUCCCUCCUCCAUUAUGUUACCAAAGAGACGGAGAUCAUACUAGACAGGGGCAUCACUAUAUAUCAGUUUGGCCAUUACCACUGAAAUACAUUGAGGAUUGUAACAAAGUAGCAAUGAGUGUGCUACAAGAUAAGAAGAAUUUGACCAUUUAUACAUGUAUUUGA